GAUUACAAAAAAAAGGAAAGAAAAGUUUAAAAUGAUUAAACUCAUUGAUAAAGAAAAAGUAGUCAGAGCUGUCGGUAAAACAUGUCUUCUCAUCAGUUAUACUACAAAUGCAUUUCCUGGAGAAUAUAUUCCGACAGUCUUCGAUAAUUAUUCGGCAAAUGUGAUGGUUGAUGGAAAGCCAAUAAAUUUGGGACUUUGGGAUACAGCUGGACAAGAGGAUUAUGAUCGAUUACGUCCUUUAUCAUAUCCGCAAACUGACGUUUUCUUAAUAUGUUUCUCUUUGGUUAAUCCAGCAUCUUUUGAAAAUGUUAGAGCGAAAUGGUAUCCAGAAGUGCGUCAUCAUUGUCCAUCAACUCCCAUUAUCUUGGUGGGAACCAAAUUAGAUUUACGAGAUGAUAAGAAUACAAUCGAGAAAUUGCGCGAUAAGAAAUUACAGCCAAUUACAUAUCCACAAGGUCUGGCCAUGGCUAAGGAGAUUAGUUCAGUAAAGUAUUUAGAGUGUUCAGCUCUUACGCAGAAAGGUCUGAAAACUGUAUUCGACGAAGCAAUCCGCGCUGUCUUGUGUCCGAUUGUCAUGACGAAGCCGAAACGUCGUUGUACAUUGCUUUAAGUCGGUCAGAUGUCAACUGCCUCUCAUUUUGCAAAAAAAAGAAAAAAACAUCAACCAAACUAUACAAAAAAAAGCAUAAAAAGCAUAAAACACGAUUGAUCGUACAAAAGUGUGAGAAUAAUGUGGAAAAAAUGUUGUAACAACAAUCGAAACAUAUUAUUGAUAAAAGAGAUGUUAGGAAAAUCGCCAAUUAACAUCAUUCACCUCCUUUCCUCUUAUAUUUCUUCAAGAAUAAAAAGUUCUAUCGUGCGCGCAUCAAUUACACUAUUAAUAAAAUUAAAUUGCUACUGAAAGAACAUUUUAUACUAAAAUCGAUUAGAAAAUAAUUAAUCAUGGAUGACAAAUAUCCUUGAAGCGAUUUUGGAGAAGAUUCACCACUAAUCAGUGAUUAACAUAAGCGAUAAUUGUUGAUAAUGGGAGAAUGUAUGUUUAUGUUUUUAACAUUUUCUUUUAAAUGUAAAAUAUUUUAUUUUACUUUCUUCUCUUACUGCUUUUUUUUAACUUCGAUAAUCAAUUAAUCAUUUUGUUAUAAGUUAUGUAAGAUUAUAAAUGAAACUUUCGGCCGCCGAAACAUUUUAAGUUUUCUUCUUUUGGGAAUCUUUAAACAUGGGAGUUGCUUUGGUGUUUAGAAUGUACUGGCAAUGAAUCAAAGAGAUCUGCAUUAUCUUCUUUUGCCAUUUAAUUCCAUGUUUCUAGAUUAAAGUAUCCAAAAAAGCUGUUUCAGUAUGUAACUUUUUCUUUUUUUUCGAAAGCGCAGAAAUCAGAAGAUUUAUAAAUUUCUUUAUUUAAAUUAAAACUUUCAAUGCCUUCAAAGUGUCAAAAAGGAGGAAAACGAAAGUUGCUUCUUUUUAUUAUAAAAUAAAUCGCUUGAUUCUUAAUCGGAACAAACGGCUUAAAGUUUGAUAGCUGCACAUGAUUAAUUUGUUUUAUAUCUACAUAUAAAACUGGUAAUAAUUAAAUUGAUAGAAGAGAAAAAAAAAAUUGUAGAUUUUAAGUGCUUUUGGCAAUAGGAAAAUCAAACAAAAAAAAUAUAUUUUGUCUACGCUCAUCGGGACCUCGAUAUAGUUAGUUAUGAUACCAACAAACUGAGCAUGUUCCGAUUAAGUUAAUCAGCAAAACUUUUUAUUUUCAUUUUGAAAACUUAUAAAAUUAAAAGAAUUGAGGAAAAUAUUAACUGAAUUUUAACUAAAUGUAAA